AUGCAUUACGAAGAGUUGCAUCAACUUGACCCCGACGGCGACGUCGAGCUCAUUCUACGAAAUCCAAAUGCGCCUUUCGCCGUUUGGGAUGAAUCCGAAGAUGCUGUUGUGCAGCACCUGAGCGCAUGCGAUCAAAAACUUUCGAUCAAGGCAAGAUACGCGUCGUAUUUUCUCGACUGGUUCAGCAAUGCGAAGCAUGUGUCAACUUUCCCGCCGGAGCUGCUCAACAUCAACAACCCUUUCGACGUGGACGGUUUUGGCGAGCCGGUUCUGUGCAAAUUUCUUCUUUCCUCUCGACAUCUCAUGCUAGCCUCGUCCAUAUUCAACAAGCAACUUUCAGGCCCUUGGAAAGAGUCUCACAAAGACCCUGUGGAGCGGGUGCGACGCAUUGACACAACGGAGUGGCAUCUCGAUGCUCUACUGAUACUUUUCCAAAUCAUACACGGAAAGAACAGUCAUGUUCCACGUUUUGUGGACCUCGAAAUGUUGUCCAAGAUAGCAACCUUAGUUGACUACUAUGAUUGCCACGAAGCUGUUCAACUGUAUGGAGACAUUUGGAUCGACGGCAUCAAAGACAACAUUCCUAACCAAUGCAACCGUGAACUGGUUCUGUGGAUGCUGAUGUCUUGGGUUUUCGCAAAAGAGAAAAUCUUCAACCAAGUCACGAGAACGGCCAUUCUUGAUAGCAAAGGCCCUGUUCCCACACUCGGGCUGCCUAUCCCUCAAUUUAUCAUUGACACAAUUGAAAUUCAAAGGAGAGCGCAGAUAAGUCCGGUCGCUGCUCAGCUUCAAGAUCUUCUUGACUCAUUACGCCACGGCACAGUAGGCUGCAGCUUUGAGUGUUCUGCGAUAUUGCUGGGAGCACUAACGAAACAAAUGCACUCUCAUGAUUUACUGGAACUUUCCUCGGACUCUGCGUACAGCGACUUCAUUGCGUACCUUUCGUUCCCCAAGGUGGUCAACCUAUAUUUCUGGGGCCACCUGCAAAAGUCAUCCUUGUAG